GGACAGGUUAACGGCUGUGGAAUCAAUGAGAGCGCAGGUGAAUCCUGAAUGACUGAGGUGACCGGGGUGCACUGAGGCAGAGGAAGAAUAUCAUGGGGCUCUGUUCUAAAAUGAAGAAGUGGAAGGCGAUGGUGAAGAAGUGCGACAUCUUCAAUGAGUUUAUGGCGGAGUUUCUGGGGACAUUUAUCCUGAUACUCUUUGGAUGUGGUUCAGUAGCCCAGGCGGUGGUCACUCGAGGGGCUUUGGGGAACCUCUUAACCAUCAACAUGGGCUUCAGUCUGGGAGUCAUGUUGGCCGUUUACGUGGCAGGGGGAGUGUCAGGAGCCCACGUGAACCCUGCAGUCUCUUUGGCCAUGAUGAUCCUGAAGAGGCUGCCACCGGAGAAGUUUCCUUUGUAUUUGGUGGCACAGUUCCUGGGUGCUUUCGCUGGAGCUUCUGUCGUCUAUGGGUUGUACUAUGAUGCGUUGAUGGCAUAUACCAAUGGAGUAUUCGUUGUUACUGGUCCCUCUGCCACAGCCCAAAUCUUUGCAUCCUACCCUGACAAAUCUACUUCAGUCCUAAGUGGGUUUUUUGAUCAGGUAGUUGGCACAGCCGCUCUGAUUGUGGGCAUCCUGGCCGUCACGGACGAGAAGAACAAUGGCGCUCCAAAAGGCCUGCAACCUCUGGCCAUCAGCCUGAUCAUCACGGCCAUCGCAGUGUCCAUGGGUACGAAUGGCUAUCCCAUCAACCCAGCUCGAGACCUCAGCCCACGGGUCCUCACGGCUCUGACUGGCUGGGGCCUGGAUGUGUUCAGUGCUGGAGGUUACUGGUUUUGGAUCCCCUUGGUAGGGCCCAUGGUGGGUGCACUACUUGGGGUGGCUGUUUACACUCUCUUCAUUCACUGCAGUGAGCCAGAAAAACAAGAACAACUUCCAGGACCAUGUGAAAUGACCACCGAGAUUUAAACCUGGAGGAGACAACAAAAGGUUUCUUCUAGAUGAAGCAGUUUUUUAGAAAGC